AUGUUGGCAGCGAUUUACAUUACAGCCGAACCUUGGAUUCCGGAUGAUUUCAAGCUCCUGUCCGUUGUCAGCGAUCGCUCCAACCUAACCAAAUACCUCUUCGUGCUCUACUUUCUUCCAGAACUUAGCUGGGACUGGGUAGGCUACGAGCUUUCAGACCGUUCUGAUAUUUACAAAGCUUUCUUCUACUUGAGUCGACUUUUAUCCUGCGCGAUUGGAGCCAUCUCCUCGCUUGAUUUUCUUCACAAAAUAACUUCAAAGAACAUCCCUAUCAUCAGCAGUGUCCAAGUUGUAGCUAUUCUAUCUACCAUAGGUGUGAUCUACUUCGCACUCAAGUUGACAAAUGCAAGAGCCGGCCGCGCUGUCGUCAACCGAGUCAGUGAUCCUUCCUCUCGCCUUAUUCUCUUCGAUGGAUGUUUCCAAUUUCUCUUUGCCAUUGGUCUCUUGUUCUUCACUGGUGACCUUCCAUCCCUCUUUGCAGCAACGAACAAAGUCGGUCGACUCGAUCUUCUUUUGAGCCGUCUUGUCGCUGGCUCCUCUCUUGGCCUCUCCAUUUUCAAUUUCGCGUCCGUUGGACUCCCGGAAGAUGAAGCUAAUAUUCUCAUAACCGCUCGAAAAGUACAGUACACUUUUACUUGUGCUUUCAUGUUCGCUAUGAGCGCCGCUAACUGGUUUUCGCCGCUUCACACCGCUAUCGUUGCUCUCUACAUUUGUCAGCUGGUGCACAUUCUGCUUCCUGCCGCCAACGCCGAAAUCGCCGACAAAUGA